UAUAAGGUUCAGGCUAGAGUCAGACAGAAAUGAACAGGUUAAUUAACACUGUGCCUCAAUGGACACGGUAAGACGAUGAGAACGUUGAACUGAUUUCUGGAUUUGCAUGAAGGCACCUGUCAGUAUUCCACGUUCUGUCCCAACGUUCUAUACAGCCGUCUGGAGAACACAGAGUUAACAAGGGGAAACACUGAAAGAAGCAGUGACAUUUAACUACUAUUCUCUGCCUCCUCCCAAGAGACAGACAGCCCUGUGUACAAUGCUAAGCAACACAUUGUGAGAGAACAGUGAACUACUGGAGCACCUCUUCCUUCUCCAGACACUUCUUCUGGAAACAUUCCUCUCCAGACCCCAGGCAGUGCUAGAUAACCCUGCUGAUGAGCAGGUAUUCAAUGCAAUCCUAUGAGCUACAAUCUACUAUAAAAACAAUCAUUUGAAACCGCAUCUGGAUGGCUGUGAGCUCAAUACACGUAUCAGUGCAUGGGUUAGAUCUUGUUUUUUUUUUUCUGACAGACUGUCCAGUUGAAUCACCGCUGAUAAAGUGUGUUUACCUAAAGACUAUCUGAGAGUUACCUCCACAUGAUACGAGGCACAGGAGCAAGAUGCACUUCUUCAGGAGUUACUCCUACGAGAUCCAAGUGGAGCAAAGAAAUGACGAUCUUCCCAGCAGCAUUCAAGGAAUCAGAUGGACCCCACUGCCUGAUAUUGAAUCUCAGGAGGAGUACAGCCAAACCUUGAAACAGGUGGUUUCACUAAAAGUUUGGAGAGCUGCAAAGGUUUUGCGCACAUGCCUUCUUAACAUCUCACCCACCUUGAUGCGUGAUCGAAAGCACCAUUUUCGCAGCCACAGGCAGUGCUGUUCAGGAAAAGAGCUUGUGGAUUGGCUAAUGUCCAUUGGCUCAGGUCUUCAAUCGCGAAGCCAAGCUGUGGGGAUAUGGCAGGUGCUGGUGGAUGAAGGAGCACUGGUGCAUGUGAGGCAAGAACCAAAUUUUCAAGAUAAGGAUUCACAGUUUUAUCGAUUCUUCAAAGUAGAACAUUUUCUGGAACCAGCAUUAAAUGAUAAAGAUAUGGAAGAUGAACUGCAUGAGUCCCUUGUAUUCUUGGCCCAGCUGGGGCCAGCAGCCUUGCUUACAAUGAUCCUUCGUAAACCUCCUUAUCAACGUACUGAAGAAGAGCUGGAGGUGAUAUUUGAAGAAUUACUGCACAUCAAAGCGAUUUCUCAUCUUUCUAAUUCGGUGAAGAAGGAGUUGGCAUCCGUCUUGGUGUUUGAAUCUCAUACAAAAGCAGGAACAGUGUUGUUUAGCCAAGGUGACAAAGGCACUUCCUGGUACAUCAUCUGGAAAGGAUCAGUGAAUGUAGUAAUUCAUGGCAAGGGCUUGGUCACAACCCUUCAUGAAGGUGAUGAUUUUGGACAACUGGCACUCGUGAAUGAUGCCCCGAGAGCAGCUUCCAUUGUCUUGCGUGAAGACAAUUGCCAUUUUCUGCGUGUAGACAAGCAUGACUUCAAUCGCAUCCUCCGGGAUGUGGAAGCCAACACAGUGCGUCUUAAGGAACAUGGCAAGGUGGUUCUAGUUCUUGAAAAGAUCCCGCAGGUUUCUGGAAACAAUUCUCAAACAGCUGUGUCUGGCAAUCACAAAUACACCGUAAUGUCUGGGACAGCCGACAAAAUUCUAGAACAUUUGUUGGAGAACAUGAGGUUGGAUUCAACACUUAAUAAUCUAGAAGAUUCUUUUGUCGAAGAUUUCCUCCUGACGCACAGUAUAUUCAUACCAACACCUCAGCUGUGUCAAGCUUUGCUUCAUCAGUUCCAUGAGGAAUUAUCUGAAGAUAAUGAACCUGAAAAGGCAACAUAUUCUCUUAACAAGAGACAGAACACCCUACGACUUGUUAGUUUAUGGGUCUCCCUCUAUGGGAGACUAUUGCAAACUGAGCCAAGUGUUAAGAGUUUACUGGAGAAACUUUCAGAGUACAUCAGCAGAGACCCUCGUCUCCUUGGGAUAUUAAGGGAAAAUCUGCAAGAUCGAAAGAAGACCAGAAUAAUGGAGAGUAACAGUGGAGGAACCCCUCCCAUGACAAAGACUCAGAGCCAAGGAAACCUUUUUACCGGCUUAGAGGAGGAUCAGACUGGUAACUCUUACACCAUCCAAGCACAUGACAAAGUGCCUUAUGAUAUAUAUCGAGCAGACCACUCUUACGUUACUGCAAUGUUUCCAGUAAAUGCCACAGUUCAAGAAGUGAUAUCAUCUUUCAUGACAAAGAACGGAUACCACAGAGAUCAAACUCUAGUAAAAGUAAACUCAAGUGGUGAAAAAGUCUGUCUGAAACACGAGGAUAUAGGUGUCUUCACGUCUCUGGGAGUCAAUGAGAGACUUUUCAUCUGCAGUUCUCAAGAAUUAUCUACUUUGAUACCGCUUCCUGAACAGCUGGGGCCAAACACUAGCAGCGAUGAUGUCCUGGACCUUAUUAGCUCCAAAGAUCUUGCCAAUCAGAUGACAGAAAACGACUGGAACUUGUUCAAGAGUAUCCACCAGGUAGAACUUCUUUACCACACAUUUGGUAAGCAAAAGUUCCGUAAUGCAACUACAGCCAACCUUGAGAGGUUUAUGAAGCGUUUUAACGAAGUACAAUUCUGGGUGGUCACUGAGGUGUGUCUGUGCCAAGAUGAUGAACGGAGAACACACUUGCUAAGGAAGUUUAUCAAGUUGGCAGCCAACCUUAAGGAACAGAAGAAUUUGAAUAGCUUCUUUGCUGUGAUGUUCGGCCUUAGUAAUACGGCUGUGAGCCGCCUAUCCAGGACCUGGCAGAGGCUGCCAAACAAAACCAGGAAGCUGUAUUCUAUUUUAGAAAGACUAAUGGACCCUUCGUGGAAUCAUAGAUCUUAUAGACUUGCUGUUGCAAAACUCAGCCCUCCCCUCAUCCCUUUUCUCCCGCUCAUUCUGAAAGACCUGACUUUUCUGCAUGAGGGCAACAGAAGCACUCUGGACAACCUUGUGAACUUUGAGAAAAUGCGUAUGAUUGCAAAGAUUAUACAAACAUUUCACAUGUGCCGGAGCCAGGCUUACAUUCCGCUAUCGCCUUUACGGUCACGUCCUCUACACAUCCUCGAAGAGGCCAACAUGCCCAGGAUAUCUGCCAGUUCCGAGUACUCAAUGACCCUAAGGAGUCCAAUUACAACAUGGGCUUAUAUCCAGCACAUGAAAGUUAUAGAUAACCAGAAAAAGUUAAUGGAGCUAUCCCGCAGUCUGGAGCCCUCUUGAUAAAUCUUCAACACAAAUAACAGAACUCAACAGAAACAUGAGAAUAAAGGAGGAUUACAAAACACAAAUGUUUAACUUUUAAUUAAUUAGAAUAAUCCCUGUAUCAGGGCCAGAGAACUGAAAGUCCAAUAUUUGGACUCCUCUACUGUAAAUGUCACUCCUUCCUACCUUUUCGACAUUACCAACUGCCCAUACAUUGUCCUACAUUUCAAUAUUACAGUCCAACAAAAACUUUGGGACAUCA